UGGCAAGCUCUCAUUGGCCACCUUGAAAUGUAUACCCUAGCGCAGGGUUUAAGCGAUCCAGGAGGAAUGGCGAGAGUUGCGAGCUGCGGCGGCGCGCUGUGCCUCUCCAGAGCGAUGGCCAAGAGCAUUGGAGCUCGCUACUCGCGAGAUUUCGCUGUGAAAUCGGUGUGCUCGGUGAUCAGAGUGUCAAAGCGCUCUCUUUGGAGCUCCGGCAGUGCGGUUUUGGGGGGCUACACUCGCAAAUCCAAGAUUUCUUGCCAGCUAACGAAGAAUGUGAAUGGAUUGAGAAGCUUGGGCGGAGCUUACGCUUCGUUUGCGAGUGAUGCUAAGAAAGGAAAGAAGAAGCAAAAGAACUCCACAGCUGCCGAUCCAGCGUCAGAGUACUCCGAGAAGGAAGCAGCAUUGCAAUCGGCGCUCGCUCAAAUCAAGAGCUCGUUUGGAGACGAGGCUGUUAUGUGGCUUGGAAGGAACACGUCCAAGCAAGUUCCAGUGGUUUCGACUGGAUCGCUCGCUCUCGAUGUAGCGCUUGGAGUGGGAGGUCUUCCCAAGGGACGUGUUGUAGAGAUCUAUGGACCGGAAGCGUCUGGGAAAACAACGCUUGCUCUUCAUGUUAUUGCUGAAGCACAGAAGCAAGGAGGAAGGUGUGUUUUUAUCGAUGCUGAGCAUGCCUUAGACAAGUCACUUGCCGAGGCUAUCGGAAUUGACAUCGAUGAGCUGCUCGUGGCACAGCCAGAUUGUGGAGAGAACGCCCUCGCAAUCGCAGACACACUAGUUCGCAGCGGAUCAGUGGAUGUUUUGGUUGUGGACAGUGUAAGUUGUCAUUUAAAGUUUGAGAAAGAGUGUAACUCUUCGUUUUUGCAGGUUGCUGCUCUAGUUCCUCGAGUGGAGCUAGAAGGUGAAAUGGGGGACUCUCAUAUGGCGUUACUGGCUCGGCUAAUGAGCCAGGCACUUCGCAAGCUUACACAUUCUCUAUCACGUUCACAAACCAUUCUGAUAUUUAUCAACCAGAUCCGAUCCAAACUUGCCUCCUUUGGAGGUUUCGGAGGAGCUCCCAUAGAAGUAACUUCUGGUGGAAACGCACUGAAGUUCUAUGCAUCGGUGAGACUAAACAUUCGGAGAACAAACUUACUCAAGAAAGGAGACGAGACUGUAGGCGCUCAAGUACUAGUCAAGAUUGCCAAGAACAAGCUCGCGCCACCAUUCAGAACAGCCGAGUUUGAGAUCGACUUUGGCCGGGGCAUUUCAAAAGAAGGAGAGGUGUUGGACCUGGGCUUCAAGCACGGGCUCGUGGGAAAGACUGGCAAUUGGUACACUUACAACUCGGAGAACAUUGCCAACGGGAAGGAGAACGCAAAGAAGUACUUGCGGGAGCAUCCAGACAUUUUGCAAGCUCUGUCCGAGAGCUUGAGGGAGAUCCUGAUGGGAAGGUUAUUAGCGCAGCAGGGCGACGCUGGAGAGAACGAGACCGAGGUGGAAGGAGACGAGGAUGGAAGCCUAGAAAUGCUUGCCAGGUGAUGAUCUUCCUUGGGUCGAUUUUGGAGUAAGACCCUCUAGCUAGUAGUGAUAGUGUAGAUCGUUCUUGCUCGUUCUUUUUGGACAGAUUCUUUCCAGCAGAUAAAACUAUAGCGUGAUCUUUCAUCGAUGUUUGAUCGAAGCUUGCUCGAUCGAACUUAUUAAUAGAUUUGGGAGUGUUACUAUGAA